AUGGUGGACGACGACGUUGAUGUUGAUGGUCUAGACGACUGGGAGCCUGAACAGCUUACUUUUCACGAGAAGUGGUGGGUGCGACAACGCCCAUUUCUCGAAGACGCAGGAUACGUGUUUCGUCCGCGAUACCAGCCUGGAUGGGAGGCGUCCUGGACAGCUGUAGAUGGUUUCUUUCGCGAUUACGAGGAUGGACAGUUUCAACCCAGGGGUAUGCUGUUAGAUGCCCAACGUGCAUCGGACGGCGCAUACGUCUACAUGAAGAGGAUGUCACCUACCCAGAGCAAAGGUUAUGCUGAUGAACUACAGAUUCAUCAGUACCUUCUAUCUGAGCCUCUCAAGUCUGAUCCUCGCAAUCGUUGCGUGCCUAUCUUGGACGUCCUGCAUGUUCCUGGCGAUGAGGGCGAGGUGAUCAUGGUCACACCGAUGCUAAGGCAGUUCUAUAGCCCGAGGUUCCUUACCUUUGGUGAAGUCAUUGCGUUUCUCGCUCAGACAUUCGAAGUAAUUUCUCUUUAUCCUCGUACCAGCGCUAUUGAAUUCAUGCACGACCACCGAAUAGUUCAUGGAGAUUGUUGCAAAGAGAACAUCAUGAUGGAUCCUACCCAACUUUACCCCCAUUCUUUCCAUCCCGUUGUACGCGACCGUCGGCGUGAUUGGAAAGGAAAUGCGAAACACUACACCCGAACACGAUACCCGCCGAAGUAUUAUCUCAUUGACUUUGGACUUUCUCAUCGAUAUACUCCAGAGGAAGAGCCUCCGCGCCGUCUGCCCGUGUUCGGAGGCGACAAAUCGGCUCCUGAACACGAAGCUUAUCAUACGCCGUGCGACCCAUUCCCCACCGAUGUUUAUUACCUCGGAAAUCUGGUUAGGAAAAUGUUCAUGAGUCAAAGCUAUGGGUUCGAGUUCAUGGAACCCCUCGUUGCAGACAUGGUCCAGACCGACCCGACCAAGCGCCCGAAAAUGGACGAAGUCGUACACCGUUACGGAGCCAUCCGCGACGCGCUCUCGACGCGCAAACUGCGUUCGCGGAUUGUAUGGCGCGACGAAUGGCUUAUCCAACGACUCUUUCUUAAUUUCGUCCAUCUUUUUCGAACCGCUAAGUACAUCAUCACACGCAAACCUGCUAUCCCAAUGCCUUUGUCUUGA